AUGAAUAGCGGACUUAAAUCGAUCAGUGAAAUUCGUCCACAUUUAUUUUUGGCUGGAUAUGGAUGUAUCACAGCGUCUGCGGUUAGUUUUUGAGUUCAGGGUAAAAUCUCAGUGGGUCCAGUAUUUUUUUUGGCUGUAAAAUUGAUAUUUUUAUUCAGUGUCAGAAAGUAACAAAACUUUUGUUGACCUGUGUUUGUUCUCUCAAAAAUUCCAGAAAACCUAAUUCAAUUUUCCUUUUCUCAUUAUAAAAUUCCAGCUGAAACAAUAUGGAAUCACAAAUGCUGUCGAUGCGACAAAUCUGAACUCCAAACCGAUUUCGGGAUUGGAAAAAAUUGAAGUUCCAGUUGAAGACACAAUCAUUCAAAAAAUCUCAAAUUAUUUCGAGACUGUUGUACAAUAUGUUGAUGAAGUUAAAGCCAAGGUAAAAUAGUUUUUUUUUUGUUUUUUUUUCUCGAAACAUUUUGAAUGUGAUUUACUCUAGGGAGGAAAAACAGUGAUUUAUUGCGGAGCUGGUGUAAGCCGUAGUGCAACAUUGACUAUUAUGUAUUUGGUGAUUUCGGAGAAUCUGCCACUCGAUCAAGCCUACUACACUGUUAACCAGGUAAGGGGAGAAUUGAAACUGAAACUGAAAAUAUGUAUUUACAUUAUAAUUAUUUUUGAUCCGAGCGUUUAUUUUUUUCUAUUAGUCAUGUUUCACUAAACUUGCAAGGCUAACUAUGGUUGAGGAACUUUUUCAUUUUUUUGUUCAACUUCAAAGGACACUUCAAAAUUGAUAAAAUUGGAUAGGAAGUUCAUAGAAAAAUCUCAUAUCCUUUUAUAUGAUGUACAUAAUGGGCAUUUCCUUUUUGAAUCAGAUAAAAGUUUUGAACGAACUUAACUAAAAAAUUUAGAAAGGGAACUUGAGAAACAUCAAAAACUAAAAUCAAUAUUUCACAAUGCGACUACUUAACUCGUUCCCCCUUCAAUUUAUCAAACUUGAGAAAGCUAUUCUUUUUUAAUGAAUAAAUAUCAUGGUUAAAAGUAUCAACUCGAGAAGCAAUCCUCUCUUAACACAAAUGAGAUUGCAAUUGUCGGAAUUCUCAGAAGUUCUAGUGGGUUUUCGAAAUUUUUUGCUGUUAUCAGCCUCUAAUUCAGGCUAGAGAUACUGAAGCUUGCAAACUUCAUACCUACCAAUUCUGAUAAAAAGUGAAUUUCAAAACCCUUUUAACUUCCCUUGUUAAUAAAAAUGUAUAUCUUGCAGGCUCGUCGAAUAAUAUCUCCAAACGUUGGUUUCUGGCGUCAGAUGAUCGACUACGAAAAACAAAAAUCUGGCGGAACUUCAACUGUAGAACUAAUCACUGGAAGAAUGGCUAGACCAAUUCCAAGUGUAUAUCUUCAUCGUUCAAUUCCAGCAUAA